AUGUUGAAGUUGCGCAAGACUAAAACCACUGCAACCCUCAUAUUGACGGUCAUGCUAACGCUCUCAUAUCUUUUUUUGAAUACCUUGGUAACCUCGCCUGCAUCUCUUUGCCCAUUAAUCUUUAACUUCUUGAGACGACGACAGCUGAACUUUAAGAGCUUUGUGGUGAAGACUGGUCACAUUAAAGAGCAGCGUGAAAGGCUUCCAAAUUUGGAGAAUAUUAUUUGGCCGGAACGAGAAUAUUUACCUUCUCCCUUGGGUGCUCCGGGUACUCGCUCAUUGCCUCUGGGCGCCCAAUUUAGUCGGCAACAGAUGCGCACUCUUUGGAAUCUGUUCAACACAUUUGCAAAUGUCAUGGAGGAGCUCGGCUUCAGUGACAGGUGGAUGCUAUACGGUGGCAGUUUGCUUGGAUCUUUUCGGCACCAUGACAUUAUUCCCUGGGACGAUGACAUUGAUGUUCUUGUCGACAAUGAGGUCAGGCCGGCGCUGUGGAAGAAGAUGCGCACCCUCCUGCCAAAUUAUGUCAUCCAGAAAUGUGGUCGUAGGGACAAACUUUCCUCAAAACUAAUCGUGCCGAACAAUUCUUCGCUGGAUAUUGAUGGUAGUCGUAUACUCAAUAACUAUGGUUGGGCCUGGCCCAUUGUGGAUAUCGGCUACUACAUCUCUAAUGCCACCCACAUACAUGAACUUGCAACGGCAAAUGGACGAUACUACGAUUACGCAAAGUCUGAUAUUUUCCCACUGCUCCUCAGACCGUUUUACAAAAUGUGGGCGCCGGCGCCAAGAAAUACUUUUGCUUUUACAAUGCAAACCUAUCCUGGGGAUGGUAAUUGUUCUUCCUUAACCUGGUCUCAUGCCUUUGAGGUUGGUAUUAAAGGUCAAUCAGUACCGUGCGCCGAUCUUGCUGAGAGGUACGCUUUUGUCGAACGCAGCCCCCUUUACAGUCCUGUCAAGGAAGAUGGUGAUAGUCCGGAAGUAUUGGAUUGGGUUCGAGAAAGACUGAUUCGCGGUGGCAAGGUCCUUCACGAAAUCCAUUUGGUGGCGCCUCGAGCCGAAGCCCACGUAGACACCUACGCGCUACGUAUGAAAUCAAAGCCUUGA